GGUCAAGGUAAAAAAAAUCGCCGACCACCAUUCUUGGUAGGAUUGUUUAUGUAUAGAAAUUUUGACCCAUGGUGACGUGGCGAGUUCGAAGUGGGGUAGUGAAGAGAAAGGGAAGCUAAAGAAAGGUUGGAUCUUUCUUUGAUUAACAGGAAUCAAGCUCAGUUCUUUUCUUUGCACACCUGUGACCUGUCCUGCUACAGAGAACAGCUCUUUCUUAACAGAGACACAGAGAGAGAUAGAAAGAGAGAGAGAGAGAGAGAGAGAGAGAGAGAACGUAAGCUUGUAGCUUCCUUUCUCUUUGCUUCUUUAUUAGAGAGCCAAAUUUAGUUAAGCUAAAGAGAGAGAGAGAGAGACGUAAGCUUGUAGCUUCCUUUCUCUUUGCUUCUUUAUUAGAGAGACAGAAAGAUCUAUCUAAUGGAGUAUGAAAGGAUACACAAAGUUCAGACUGGUAUGAUAUCCCCAACUAAGCUGAGGAUGAAGCUUUUGGGACCUCACCAUAAUAGAAAGAAGGAUGGAUCAAACUGUAAUUCUUCCAGAACAUCACCUUCAAGGCUUGAGGAUACUGAAUUUGUCAAGAAUAGCUUAUUAGCCUCCAAUGAUGAGGAAGUCGCAGCUCCCAGCUUAGAUCUGAGUGUGCCGGAUGGUGCAGUGGUUGACCCCAGCCAAGUUGACCAGACAUCUUCCCAGCUGAAGGAUACAUUGUCAAAGGAAAAUGGCAACAUGGGUCGCUUUAAAAUGCAGCAAUUCACAAAGGGUGAAAGUGCUAAUUCAAGUGCAGUUCACCCAAUGAGAUCACUAGAAGAUGACAAUCUUGAUUACGAUAGUAAUGCUAGCUCAUCUAGCUUUGAGUUCCACAAGGAGCGAGCAGCACAUAAUCAAUUUACAAGAUCAUUUUCAAGGCCUAUGCCAUCUAAGUGGAAUGAUGCAGAGAAAUGGAUAAUGAAUAGGCAAAAUAUGCGCCCGAAUUUUUCAAAGAAGAAUGCUGUAUACAAUCAAGCUAAUCGGAUGCCAGGAACAAAUAUGGUUAGGGUUGCCCCAGAAUCAGUUAAUCAUGAUCUUAAGCUAUCACUUAGCAGAGUCGUAGACACUAAACGUGUAGAUUUCUGUCAGCCUGCUUCGCAAAUGGCAUUAGAAAAGUUCUCUUUUAUUUCCCCUGGAACUCCCUCCGUUUCUGGUCAAGCAUAUGGGGGGAAUGUUCUCAUUGAUCAGUGCACUCAAAGUAAGGAUUUAAGAGAAGUGGAUCAAAGAGAACUAGCUAUUACUAGAAGUUCAGUAGAAGACACAGCAGUUCUUCCUGUCAUAAGAUCCGUCUGCAUGAGAGACAUGGGAACUGAAAUGACGCCAAUUGCAAGUCAAGAGCCUUCAAGGACUGGUACACCAGUGGGUUCAACAACUCCUCACGAUCUCCGCAGCCCAACUUCUUCAAUCCCAUCUACUCCUCGAAGAGGGGCUCCGGCACCAACACCUAUGGAGCAUGGCACUGAUGAGGAUGCAGAAAGUACUUGUGAAAAUGGCAAAAAGGAGUUGACUGAGCAAGAAUUCAAACUAAAGACUAGAAGAGAGAUCGUAGCCCUAGGUGUCCAGCUUGGCAAGAUGAAUAUUGCUGCUUGGGCAAGUAAAGAAGAUCAGGACAAGAAUACAUCGUCAGUCGAUGCAGAAGAGCUUGAGCGGAUUGAAUUUGAAAAACGUGCAGCUGCAUGGGAAGAAGCUGAAAAAUCUAAACAUACAGCAAGAUAUAAACGUGAAGAAAUCAAAAUUCAAGCUUGGGAAAGUCAGCAGAAAGCUAAACUAGAAGCAGAGAUGAGGAGAAUAGAGGCCAGAGUCGAACAAAUGCGAGCCCAGGCUCAAGCAAAGAUGGUAAAGAAGAUUGCUAUGGCGAGGCAAAAAUCAGAAGAAAAACGAGCUACAGCAGAAGCCAGAAAAAAUAGAGAUGCAGAAAGAACUGCAGCUCAAGCAGAGUAUAUCCGACAAACAGGACGGAUGCCAUCAUCCCAUUACAUCUGUUGUGGCUGGUUAUCAUAAUAUUUUUUUUCAUAAUUAUCAAAUAUUCAAGUGGAAGGAAGUUGCUCAUACUCAAAGUGGCUAGUCUUGUACUUCGUUUCUUCUUUCAAAAUUCAGCUUGAGUGUUUGUUCCUUUGUAUCUAAUGGAGUACCCGAAUUUGCAAGUGAAGUUUAUUAAAAGGGGUUCCCGCUUUUGUAGUGAGCA